AUGAACUUUUCUGUAUUCUUCGCUGCUGUCUUCUUGACUUCAUUCGUUGCCGCUAAACCAACGACAACUACUGAGAAACCAGAUGACUCCUUCGAUAUUGACCUUUUCCUUGGUGCAAUGGGAGAUGGACAUUUCGCUGAUGGAACUGGAAAUUUCGAUGGAGUCGUUCCAAUGACUCCAAAGAAAACUGAAAAACUUCCAGGACAAAAGAAAAUGAAGGAUGACUUCGAGCAACCAGAUGGAGUUGUUCCAAAAAUGACUGGAUCUUUUGUCACAGAAGAGCCAAAACCAGUUACUUCUACCACUGACGAGGAGACUGAUGAGGAUUAUUUCGGAGAUUCCUCAGUUGGAUCCGCAGUUGCUGGACCAGUCACCAACCCAGCUGCCACCUAUCUCGAGGGAGCUGAUUUCGAGAAGAUUGCUCAACCAUCCUGUCAAAUGCUCGGAUGCACUGGACCAAUUCCAAAUGACGGUUCCUAUUCUGCUUUGUCUGCCACUUUGGACAACAAGGCAUGCAAUCAAAUCUUUGUUCCAAUGAAUGGAUGCACUGACAAUAAGGGAUAUCCAAUGGGAAUGCUCUGCUCUGUCUGCUGUGAUUGUGCCAAUGCAUUCGUUCAAGAAAUGAAGAAGACAUUCGGAUACAAACAAAACAUUCCAACCUCCACUUUCAACUGA